AGCAUGGAGAAACAUUGUGUAAAGCAUUCUGUGUAUCUCUGAGAGGAAGACGCAUUCAGAGAUUUACAGUAAAUAGGCCUAACCAGCAGAUAGAGACAGGUACAAGCUCUGCUAGCUGGAGUGGGGCAUCAGUAAUCCAGGUAUGUUAGAGUCUAGUGCAGGACUUGGACAUAGUUGCUGUACAUAUCCGGAGUGUGUUCCUUCAAGACUGAACAGCGUUUCUCACUAUCUGUAUCCUCCUCAAAGAUGGCUACCUUCGCCAACCACUCAACCAAUGAGAGCAGCGGGCACAGCUGGCGCUGUCAAUUCAAGGAGGACUUCAAGUACAUCCUGCUUCCUGUCAGCUACACUCUGGUCUUCGUGAUUGGCCUAGCCCUGAAUGUCACGGCCAUGUACGUGAUCCUGUUCCGUACAAAACGCUGGAAGCCCUCCACGGUGUACAUGUUCAACCUGACAGUGUGCGACACCCUCUACAUCCUCACCCUACCCUUCCUCAUCUACUACUACGCCGACGAGAACGACUGGCCCUUCAGCGAACCGUUCUGCAAACUCAUCCGCUUCCUGUUCUACGCUAACCUCUACGGUUCCAUCCUGUUCCUGUGCUGCAUCAGCCUGCACCGCUUCCUGGGUGUGUGCUACCCGAUGAGGUCACUGAGCUGGGUCAGCUCCCGGAGAGCCCGGCUGGUGUCUGCGGCGGUGUGGGCGUGUGUGUUGAUGUGCCAGGCUCCCGUGCUCUAUUUCUCACGCACCAGGGACGAGGGGACAGAGAGGGUGUGUUUCGACACAUCCAGUCCAGAGUUAUUUAAUGACUUCCUGGUGUACAGCUCGGUGGUGUCUGUCCUGAUGUUUGCCUUCCCUUUCAUGGUGGUGAUGGUGUGCUAUGGACUGAUGGUGAGGAAGCUUCUGGAGCCCACCUGGGGGGCAGGAGGGAGCCAGUCGAGGGGAGUCGGGGGGCUCGCUGCUCAUCGCUCCAAACACAAGUCUGUGAAGAUGAUAAUCAUCGUGUUAGCAGUGUUCAUGCUGUGUUUCCUACCCUUCCACCUGACCAGAAGUCUGUACUACUCCCUCAGAUACCUGGAGCAGAUGGAUCCCUCCCAGGUACAGUACCUCAACCACUGGAAUCCUACGCUUUUAAAGGCUCUGCCUGGCUUCACCUGUCACCCAAGAUGCUGGAGUCUGGCUCCAGGUAGAUCUUCCUUUCACCCAAGAUGCUGGAGUCUGGCUCCAGGUAGCUCUCCCUGUCACCCAAGAUGCAGGAGUCUGGCUCCAGGUAGCUCUCCCUGUCACCCAAGAUGCAGGAGUCUGGCUCCAGGUAGCUCUCCCUGUCACCCAAGAUGCAGGAGUCUGGCUCCAGGUAGCUCUCCCUGUCACCCAGGAUGCAGGAGUCUGGCUCCAGGUAGCUCUACCUGUCACCCAGGAUGCAGGAGUCUGGCUCCAGGUAGCUCUCCCUGUCACCCAGGAUGCAGGAGUCUGGCUCCAGGUAGCUCUCCCUGUCACCCAAGAUGCAGGAGUCUGGCUCCAGGUAGCUCUCCCUGUCACCCAAGAUGCAGGAGUCUGGCUCCAGGUAGCUCUCCCUUUUACCCAAGAUGCAGGAGUCUGGCUCCAGGUAGGUCUCCAUGUCACCCAAGAUGCAGGAGUCUGGCUCCAGGUUGCUCUCCCUUUUACCCAAGAUGCAGGAGUCUGGCUCCAGGUAGGUCUCCAUGUCACCCAAGAUGCAGGAGUCUGGCUCCAGGUAGCUCUCCCUGUCACCCAAGAUGCAGGAGUCUGGCUCCAGGUAGCUCUCCCUUUUACCCAAGAUGCAGGAGUCUGGCUCCAGGUAGAUUCACCUUUCACCCAAGAUGCAGGAGUCUGGCUCCAGGUAGAUUCACCUUUUACCCAAGAUGUAGGAGUCUGGCUCCAGGUAGAUUCACCUUUCACCCAAGAGGCAGGAGUCUGGCUCCAGGUAACUCUCCCUUCUACCCAAGAUGCAGGAGUCUGGCUCCAGGUAGCUCUCCCUGUCACCCAAGAUGCAGGAGUCUGGCUCCAGGUAGCUCUCCGUUUUACCCAAGAUGCAGGAGUUUGGCUCCAGGUAGCUCUCCCUUUUUCCCAAGAUGCAGGAAUCUGGCUCCAGGUAGCUCUCCCUGUCACCCAAGAUGCAGGAGUCUGGCUCCAGGUAGCUCUCCCUUUUACCCAAGAUGCAGGAGUCUGGCUCCAGGUAGCUCUCCCUGUCACCCAAGAUGCAGGAGUCUGGCUCCAGGUAGCUCUCCCUUUUACCCAAGAUGCAGGAGUCUGGCUCCAGGUAGCUCUCCCUGUCACCCAGGAUGCAGGAGUCUGGCUCCAGGUAGCUCUCCCUGUCACCCAGGAUGCAGGAGUCUGGCUCCAGGUAGCUCUCCCUGUCACCCAAGAUGCAGGAGUCUGGCUCCAGGUAGCUCUCCCUGUCACCCAAGAUGCAGGAGUCUGGCUCCAGGUAGCUCUCCCUGUCACCCAAGAUUCUGGAGAUCCAGGUAUCUCAGGCUCAAUUUAACCACUGCUAUUAUGAUUGUUGUUGUUGAUAUUGUCAUUAUCCUUGUAUAGGCUGGGAUUCAAAGGUCAUUGACAUUUAAAUGUACUUUCCACUACAGAAACGACAUCUGCAGCAUUGAACUUAAGUAUGAUCUCUGCGAGCCUGGUAACAUUGCCUUUAAAGAGCCACUGAACAUGCCGAUUGGCACGUGAAGGAAUCUAAGAUAAUUCAAGAAAUCUGUCAUCGAUGCCACAUAAGUCGUUUUCAAAGGGAUUUGCUGCUUUUUAAAGGCAGUUGCUCUUUAAAAGGCACAGUGUCAACAGAAUUAAUGUUUAAAUCAUUAGAGUUUUUAUUCAUCCCCAGGUGAGCUGUGAGCUGCUGAAGGUGUCCAGC